UCCUCUCUCUGCGGUCAGGAUGGACUCAGAAUCCGCCGUCCAGUGUAAACUCGUGGUUGUGGGAGACAGUCAGUGCGGGAAAAGCGCGCUGUUGAGCGUGUUCGCCAAAGACAGUUUUCCUGAGUGCUACGUGCCCACGGUGUUUGAAAACUACUCGGCCAGCUUUGACCUGGACCUGCAGAGAGUGGAGCUCCGGCUUUGGGACACCUCAGGUUCUUCUUACUAUGACAACGUGCGUCCCCUAUCCUACCCGGAUGCUGACGCAGUCCUCAUUUGCUUUGACAUCAGCAGACCAGAGACAUUAGACAACGUGCUUAAGAAGUGGAGAGGAGAGAUCGAGGAGUUCUGCCCUAACACCAAGAUGCUGCUGAUAGGCUGUAAGUCAGACCUCAGAGCUGACCUCUUUACCAGGUCUCACAGCAGACACACUCCAGUAUCAUAUGACCAGGGCUCCAACACAGCCAAGCAGCUGAGCACCCCCUACCUGGAGUGUUCUUCACUGCAGUCUGACAACAGCGUCAAGGACAUCUUCCAUGUGGCCACACUGGCGUGUGUCAACAAGAACAAUAAGAACAUGAAGAGGAGGAAGUCCUCCAGAGCCACUAAGAGGAUGUCUCACAGCGGAGGAGACAUGUCCCCUGUAGCAUCAACACACUUUCAGCAGACCAAAGCUAAGAGCUGUGCUGUUAUGUAAACACAAAUACUGAUACAGACACUGCCAAGGACAAAGCAUGUGGAGGGUCAGUCCUGCAGUCUCUGUGCUUCUAGAUGUCGUUUAAACAUGAAGCAGGUGUGAUGAUUGAUUUCGUGCAAUGAUGAAAAUGCCCAAUGCAGACUUUAUGGAGAUAGGACUGGGAAAGUACUGUGUGUUUCAAUGUGCCAUCACCUGUAACUACAGAGAGCCGCCGUGGAGACAACACUAAGUAUCUUACCAAAAUGUACCACUAAAACAUCCUCAGCGCUUCUCGUCACAGUGGAGGAUGAACAGCAUUCUUCAAGGAUGUAUUCCUUCAUUAAAAGAUGGUCUGACAUGC